CCCACCAGCAUUCAUCCAACUUUAACGGCAAAACAACGUAAAAAGAGAACAACAGAAAUUGAAUCCCUAGAAAAACGUGUGUGAUUCAGAAGCUUGAACGAUGGGCCGUCUCCGAAGAAGUCGAACGCACAGUUCAGCCAAAUCGCAAAUCAAGAGUCGGAAAACCAAGCGAUACACCCGAGAUCUAGACCAAAUAGCGAUCGACAUGGAGCUUGCCCAAUCGAUCCGAUCCGUCAAACAAGCCCAAUCAGACAGCCAAUCCAACUUCGUCGUCCCUCAAGCCUUCGGAUCAACCUCGCAUCCUACAGUCACUGGCGAAGUCGAUGAAGAUACGACCGGUUGUGGGCAAUUCCCUUGUGUUCAAUGUGCUCGAUUUUUCGUCGAUUCCAGAAGCUUGACUGAACAUCAAAGAGGAAAGGUUCACAAGCGCAGGGUUAAAGAGCUUGCUGCCGGUCCGUACAGCCUGGAAGAAGCCAUGCGAGCUGCUGGAAUCGGCACGGAUAACCGACAGCGUCCAGCCCCAGAUUUGAUGGUCUCUUGAAGGACGACAAAACUCAGCUUACAUUCAUCCCUCUGAACACCAUUCUUUUACCACCUCACAAUUUGUUGCGGAUCUCUCUCAAGUUAUCUUUGAAUUUUCCUUUUUUUUUCUCUCGACGUAAUUCUAACUCGAAAAAAGGGACCGUGCCCGAAUCUACCACGUUUUAUGGCAAUCCAUAUCAAAAAAUAAAAGAAAAUGGAUUCCACUUCUGGGAGACAGCGAAUCUCGUUGGGAAAGAGAGCAGGUUUUUCCCUCGUAAAAUAUUCACGACGUUUUUCGACAAGAGAAGAUUGAUCCACGAGAGAAAACAAAAUUUGCCGCUGACAAGCAGAUAACUCCUUCAAACCUGAUUGUGUCUACUGUGCCUUCAUCAGCAAUUGAUACAUCCAAGUUUCCUGGGCCCUCUAAGAGUUGAACGAUCCUAUCUUGUAGUUUACCACUCCUUAAGUUUUUGCAGUCA